CCAGUUGGCGGCCAAAGAGUCUUGUAGUCUGUGCUGGGCAGCGCAUGGCAACAGGUCGGGCAGCGCACCGCCCACUGGAUCUUCUGCGUUCGCGUUCGCAGCAUCCCCGCACAGCCUCGGAGUCCUCGGAGUGCUCGUGGGCCACUUGUUUUCGUUUAACCCUGCCUCCGCAAAGUGGUGGGGGGCCUUCGCGCAGACUUGCGGAAUUGCGCGCGCUAAAAAUAACGGUUGCCCGCCAUUCUAGUCCCGUCAGCUGAAUCGCAAUCCCUCCGAAUCUCUGGAGUGGCGAGGCGAAAGAAGUCGCCUUGGGCGCCAAAGUCGACGGCGGGCGUCGGAGCAGAAAUGCGUGCCGCGCCUCCUGAGCCUCUGCAAUUAGCCGGAUUCGGUGAACAGGCGGACGGGAUGCGUCUGCGGUCUUGAACGUGCCAAACGCGCUGCUAAGAACGGCCACUAUGACGGGCGCCAACAUCGACUACGACUACCUGCUCAAGUUCCUCGUCCUCGGCGACUCCGGCGUGGGCAAGACCUGCCUCCUCUACCAGUACACGGAUGGCCGGUUCCACACCCAGUUCAUCUCCACCGUGGGCAUCGACUUCCGCGAGAAGCGGCUGCUGUACAACUCCCGCGGACGCCGCCACCGCAUCCACCUGCAGAUCUGGGACACCGCCGGACAGGAGCGCUUUCGGUCGCUAACCACGGCGUUCUACCGCGACGCCAUGGGCUUCCUGCUCAUCUUCGACCUGACCAGCGAGAAGAGCUUUCUGGAGACGGCCAACUGGCUGUCGCAGCUGCGGACGCACGCCUACUCGGAGGACCCGGACGUGGUGCUCUGCGGCAACAAGUGCGACCUGCUGCAGCUGCGCGUGGUGAGUCGCGACCAGGUGGCGGCCCUCUGCCGCCGCUACCGGCUGCCCUACAUCGAGACGAGCGCCUGCACCGGGGCCAACGUCAAGGAGGCCGUGGAGCUGCUGGUGGGCCGCGUCAUGGAGCGUAUCGAGAACGCGGCCUGCAACCGCGAGUUCUCCCUGCUGCUGACCCAGUCGCGCUGCCUGCCGAACAUCGCCUACGGCCAGCCGGAGGACCUGGUGCGCCUCCACGACCGGCGGGAGGAGCCCUGCUCGCGGCGCAACUGUCGCAACUGCUAGGUGCCAUGCCCAUGCCCAUGCCCAUGUCACCCUGCUUUGUUCCUUGACUCGUGUUUCCGAAUCUAAGUGUGUUUCGAUGUAAAUAAAUGUUGAUUGUU